UGCUAUAAUAAAGAAAUGAAAACAGCGCAGAUUCUUCUCUGUUUCCUUCCAUAACAGCCUUUCCCCCCUUUUAUGGUCUUAUCAGAUUUUCCCGUUAGGAGAUUGGAUCCUAAAAACAAGUCCCUGAAAAACUGUCAUAGUUUCACACCCCACAACCACAUUUGGGGCAUAUACUCUGUUUCAUAAUUGUCCAUCGUUGGUCCUCUCUCUCUCUGCCUUGAUUUUGCUGAAAACCAACGUCUUAUUUUUGGUUUGGGAUUUCCGGAUUGUGAUGGAGAGUGAAGUGAUCACCUCUCCGACUCGACCCAGAUGGCGAAAGGUUGCAUAUGGAGGCAUGCAACCGGGGUUUGAUGACAAUCACACGGACGAUUCAUUCCUCGAAGAAAUGGUGAUGAAUGCCAAUGUUGUUAAAAGGGACAUUCUCAAAGUCAUGCUGGAUUCUGUUUCGAUAUCCCAGUACCUCUGCAUUGUUGCUCUUGUGGGUUUGGUCUGGACCUACACCCUCAGAUCAAUCCUCAAUGAAAACUCACUCUUGCUUCUUGAUGUCACUCUUCUCGGUUUGGGAUUCCUUGUUCUGCUUUUAACUAAAGAAAUGCUUUCAUUCAAUCUGUUCCUGCGUUACUUGCUCAACAUUUCCUUUUUCAUUAGUGGUUUGUAUGUUUUAGCUCCAAUAUACCAAACACUCACCACUUCCAUUAGCUCCAAUUCCAUUUGGGCCGUUACGGUUGCACUACUUGUCCUACAUUUAUUCCUCCAUGACUACAAUGGAUCCACCGUCAGGGCUCCCGGGGCUCUGCACAAUCCCACAUUGACAAGUUGCAUCUCUUUGAAUGCUUCUGUCGUGGCCUCGGUGUUCAUCGCUUCGUGCCUCCGGUCCAGGCUGCUUGUUUUCGCAAUCAUGCUUUUCUCUUUGCAAGUGUUCCUUUUCGCUCCGUUGGUUACUUACUGCAUUAAGAAGUAUUCCUUUCGUUUGCACCUGUGGUUUUCUUUUGGGCUGAUGAUUGCGACAUUGGCUUUUGUUUAUACCCUGCAUUUGUUACUUUUUGUGAUGUUGUUAGGAUUGUUGAUUUUUGUCACUGUGGUUUGUCCAUAUUGGCUGAUCCGGAUGCAAGAAUACAAGUUUGAAAUAGCUGGUCCUUGGGAUGAGGCUAAGCUUUGCUUUGAUAUCACUGAUUGAGAUUUUGGUGCCCUUUCCUCUACUUUUUGUGUUCUUUGAAAAUUGAUGAGGAAAAUAAACAGUUUCGUAGAUUUGGCUUCACACCUCUCACCAUCCAUCAUAUUUGGUCAAAAUUUUCAUCUGCAUAGGAAUAUGCACUCUUCCAUUUUAUCGUGUGGGUGGAUUUCAUAGUAUUCCAUUGUCUUUCCUUUUAAGGGGAUUAAAGUUGGGCAAUUGUUAUGGUGUUAUAGGAAAACGUGACACACUAUUCUCGUUUGGGAAUCAUAUCAUGAUCUUGCAUCUGUUGUCUAUCAAAGUUCUGAACGGACAUUACAGUGUGGCAUGAUACUUCAAAGGAAGUUCACUACAAUAAGAAGAUAUUUUAUCAAAAGCUAGAAGUUCCAUUACAAUAAGAAGAUAACCUACGUCAUCAAAGCUAUCAAGGUCUCAUGAAGUCAAAUACAAUAAGAAGGAUAUUUUAUCAAAGCUGCUUCAGAAGUUCAGUACAAUAAGAAGAUAACCUGAUGAGAAUGAAGGUUACGUCAUCAAAGCUAUGGAGGUCUCAUGAUAAAAUGCUGAUGCUGGGUACUGUGGUUCUUUAUUGGAUGAAAGUUUCCUAAGCUGCCAUUCCGUGUAGGCUCGUCCGGUUGAUGUUGUUAGUUGACUUGAUCAAAUGGAACCAUUUCAAGAAGAUAAGAAGAGGACAGGUGCAAGGCUUGUACUUAUGACUUGUAUUGCUCUUAUUGCAGCAGAUAGUAUAGUGGUUGUGUGACAGUAUUGUUCUCUAUGCAAUAGAAAAGAUGGAAAUUUGAGA